AUGCCAUCGAAUGAUGCCAGUCGAACAACAGUCGAACGACUAUCUGAACAAAGAAUGCUUUCACUAAUUCAUCACUAUUGGAAGAUAAUUCUCAUUGUUAUUGCAGGACUGAUAUUUUUGCUAUUGGUUAUUGUUGUUUUUUCGAUUUAUUUUGCUCGAAAUGUUUCGAUAACAACUACAACAAUAGACAUAAAUUUGAACACCACGACAAUAAAGGCAACAUCUUUUAUGUCGUCGACUACGUCAAAGCAACAUUGUAACGCUGAAUUUGAGCGUAUAUCAACGAAGAUUUCCUGUUUGGAACGUAAAGUGUCUGCGUUUCACAUUGCUAGUGGUGACUUUAACAAUGACAAUCGAACAGAUCUCGUCUAUGCUUGUAAAUUUCCUAAGUAUGAGAAAAUCGUUAUAUCAUUAAAUCAUCGGAAUGGAACAUUCCAAAAUUCCAUGAGAUUCUCAUUGCCAAACUCAGAUUGGAUACAAUCGAUCCACGUUGCCGACUUGAACAAUGACGAACAAUCCGAUGCUUUAUUAAUACAUGGAGCCGAAUUGCAGAAAAGUCUGACGAUUUUAUUGGGCAACGGUAGUGGAAUGUUUCACUAUUCAACAAUAACCUUAUUUCAAAGUCGUGCCAUUAGUAUAAAAAUGGGUGAUGUUGCUGAUUUUAAUAACGAUGACCGGAUCGACGUGCUUUUAGUUUUUCAAUAUAAUGAAAAGGUGAGAAUUGCGGUUUUGUUUGGAAAUGGUGAUGGAACGUUUCAAACGCAAAUGAUCGCACUAUUUGUUGAAAUAAGUGGACUACCGAGGAAAAUUCGUGUCGAUGAUCUGAAUAAUGAUAAAAUAUUGGAUAUUGUUAUAAACUUCGGCAACGAUGAUAUUUGUACGUUAUUUGGAUAUCCAAACGGAACUUUUUCAUCCGAAGUUUUUUUAUUCAAACAGAAUACCGUUCGAAUUUUCGAUUUCUCAGUAAGUGAUGUUAACAAUGAUAAAGAACUUGAUAUUAUUGCAUCUGAUGAGAAAUCUAAACAUAUGUAUGCGCUUUUCGGAAAUGGAAAUGGAGCAUUUCAGAAGCAAAAGCCGUUUUUCGGGAGUAUUGUCGCUUUGAACCCUUUGAUACUAAUCAAUGACUUUGAUCAUGACAAUCAACCCGAUAUUGCUUUUUUCUAUGUUUGGAAAUACACUCAUUGUUUGGUGUAUCAUUAUCAAAACAAUACUUUCAAAUUAAAGGGAAAAACAGUGCUAGAGUCGCGUGGAUUUGUGCAUUCAGUCGUUGCACACGACAUCGAUGUUGAUAGUCAUUUAGAUAUCAUUCUCGUUAUGAGCGAGCCUAGUAACAUCUAUAUAUUAUUUGGAUAUGGAAAUGCUACUUUUUAUUCACAAAUGAUUUAUUCCGCUACGGUCGAACAUUAUCCUAAUUGGUUAGUCGUCACACAUUCGAAUCAAGAUCAUUAUCCAGAUCUUAUCCAUGUUGGUUACGAAACUCAGCUCAUCGAUGUGUUUAUGUAUGAACAUGAUUGUUCGAUUGUGUGA